GGACGGAUGGACAUUUUCUAUAUAAGGAGGAAAAUAAACGAGCAUGUCAUUACCAAACUAAAAAAUUGUGUUUCUUCUUCAGUCCAUAGUCCAUAGUCCAUAGUCCAUAUAAUUAAUAUCUUUUGGUGUUUGAAAAAAUGGGUCUUCAAGGGAAAAUGGAAGUUGAAGUUGAUAUUAAGUCAUGUGGAGAUGUGUUUCAUGAAUUAUGGAGCACCAAACCACACCAUGUUUCCAACAUUGUUCCUGACAAAAUUCAUGGUUGUGAUGUUCAUGAGGGUGAUUAUGGUCACGUCGGUUCCAUCAUAUUGUGGACUUACACCCAUGAUGGGAGAAAAUGUACUGCUAAAGAAGAAAUAGAAGCUAUAGAUGAAGAAAACAAGUUGAUAAGACUCAAAAUUAUUGAAGGAGAGAUUUUGGAAGAGUUCAAGAAUUUUACAUGUACUAUUCAUGUAAUUGACAAGGGUGAAAUUUGUGGUGUAAAAUGGAUCUUUGAGUUUGAGAAGAUCCAUGAUCAUGGACCUUAUCCAACGGAUCUCAUGGACUUUGCUAUCGGAAUUACUAGAGAUAUUGAGUCUCACCAUCUCCAAGCAUGAUUAUCAUAUAGUAUAAUAUAACUAUAUAAGCUUCAAUGGAAGAUCCUUCAUCAUUCACUUGUGAAUCGGAUCAUCUCAUUUUGAAUGUUUUCUCUUUUAAAUAUACUUAUUUCUAUGGUGUGUUUAUUAAUUAUCUUUUGGUUUGAUCAAAUGUUUUAUGUAUAUGUGUAUUAUAAUCGACGUAUUAUCUAUAAUAAAAGAUAUGGUGUAUGUAUAACAAUGUGCCAUUAAUUCACAAUUUGCUAUAUCAUUUUGUAA